AUGGACAAAGGAGAUCAAAAUGCAACGCUUCGCGAGAUAUUGGCUACUCUCAAGAGCAUUCAACAUGACCACUUGAAGCUCUCAUCCGCUGUUGAUGCGAUAGGCGCGCGCGUAGACCGACUUGCAGUUGGUGAUGAACCAAAGACACCUGUGGAACAGCCCAAAGAUACCACUCUGCGGCUACCAACCUCUAUCCCUGCUACCCCGACGCAACCCUCGAAGCCCUCCGUUUCAAGCGACGAUGUGAGCGCAAAGGACUCUAAGCGGCAAACUACAACCUCUCGCAUUAUUCUGACAACUUACCCUGGGCAAUCCGGUAUAGACCCUGUACCGAUGGACUGGGGCAACAAGGACCUACUACGGAGAGGCCCAGUGGUCGUAAGCCGACACCAAAACACUGUCCGCAGACGAAAUGCAAUUGGUGCGCACGGAGGCUCCUACGCCAUAUACCAUGCUCUCGCUGUCGCAAGCAAGCAUUUAAACCUCGAACAUAGACCCGACUUCACGAACACCGAACCGGCCGCAAACAUUGGGCCGCACCCGCAGUGGGCCGAGAAAAAGAAGAUUGUAUCUAUGGAUCCGUUGGGCCAUUUAGCACCUUGGAUUUUCAAAGAUUUUAUCACAAAUGAGAAUAUUGACAUUCGUCCAACGAUCGCGAUCACAAAGGCACAUAUGAAACUACCAGAGCUGGAACAGAGCGUGCGGUCAGGGCGCCUGGUGCCAGAUGGAAAGAUUUGCUUAAACGAAAUGGGAGAAUUAGCCGUCACAAAGAUUGCCGUGGAGCCAGUCUGGUAUUUACCAGGCGUUGCAGAAAGAUUUGAGAUAGACGAGGGAACUCUUCGCCGUGCCCUUUUUGAAGUCACCGGAGGAUCCUACCCAGAGCUUAUCACCAGAGGAGAUAUAAAACUCUUCCUUCCACCUAUUGGCGGUUUGACUGUAUACUGUUUCGGCGAUCCCGCUAAGAUGUCCGACCCAAAUGUGCGCCUUGCAUUACGUGUUCAUGAUGAAUGCAAUGGGAGUGACGUAUUCGGUUCAGAUAUUUGCACAUGCCGUCCUUACUUGAUUUUCGGAGUGGAGGAAGCAGUCAAAGAAGCGCAAAAUGGAGGGAGCGGUGUAGUGAUCUAUUUCCGCAAAGAAGGCCGCGCACUUGGUGAAGUAACCAAGUAUCUCGUAUACAACGCGCGGAAACGUGGUUCUGAUCUUGCUAGCGAGUAUUUCAAAAGAACAGAAAAUAUUGCUGGGGUAAAGGAUAUGCGAUUCCAAGCCCUCAUGCCAGACGUAUUGCACUGGCUCGGCAUAACCAAGAUCGACAGAAUGCUUAGCAUGUCCAACAUGAAACAUGAUGCUAUUGUCGAACAAGGGAUACCGAUCCACGAGCGAGUUCCAAUUCCAGAUGAGCUGAUACCGGAAGACAGUCGCGUUGAAAUCGAUGCGAAGAUCCACUCUGGCUAUUUCACCACUGGCCAUGUCAUGAGCAUGGAUGAACUUGCGAGUGUCCAAGGACGUGCUUGGGACGAUGUUGAUCACUGAGGCGGGUAUUCAAUUUAUA